AUGGACGAAGACCUGGUGAUGGUGGGUACAGAAGAGCCCGCAGUGAAUGUGAACGAGACAAGACAACCUGUAGUUAUUGGGGUUACUACCACCGUUCUCUCUCUGGCGACAUUUUUUACGAUUUUGAGAAUAUACGUUCGCGCAUUCAUAUUAAGGAAAUGGGGACCGGAUGAUUCUGCUCUCGUGGUUUCAUUUGUCCUUGUCUUUCUUACCGGUUUAUUAAUGCUCAUCAACACACAUUACGGAGACGGCUUGCACGUAGUCAGACUUUCUCGAUGGGAAUACUUGAAGACGCAAGAGAUAGCAAUUGCUGCUGUCGCCCUCUAUCAAGCUGCAUUCCCGUUGAUCAAGUCCACGUUUCUCUUACAGUAUCGACGGGCAUUCCCUUUGCCACCUUUCCAGAAGCUCUGCAACAUAUUCAUCUUAUUUAUCAUAACCUUCGGAAUUACGCAAGUCGUAUCUAUAUGUCUUGCAUGCAUACCUCUACGAAGUUUGUGGGACUCGACAGUUCCUGGCCGGUGCAUAAAGCUCCUCGACUGGUGGCUAAUUGGCUCUUCGAUCAACCUCGUUACCGACAUUGUCAUCUUUUGCAUGCCAUUGCCGCUCCUACAGACCUUGCCUCUUGUUAUGAAACAGAAGGUCGUGCUGACGGCGAUAUUUGGGCUUGGAUUCUUCACCUGCGCAAUAUCCGUAAUCCGAAUCACUACGCUCAAAACCUCAGCGGCCUCGCCCGACCCUACCUACAAUUCUGUCGUAGCUGGAGUAUGGUCAAUUACAGAACUCAGCUGCGCCAUCAUUUGCGUCUGUGUGCCUACCCUCAGGCCACUUCUCGGCGCCCAGAGCCCUUCGUCGAAAACGCGAAACUAUCCCCAGCGAAAUAUAGACGACAGUGCAGAUACGGAGUUGUCAAAUCGAUUCACUAGCGGUGUAAUGUCCCUGAAGAGACGGUCAAAAAUAUCAUAUGGCGGGGCGCAAGAGCGGAUCGAGGAUCCCGAGAAUCCGAGGACAGUGAUUGAAUAUGCAAGAAGGUUCUUGGGGGUCACGACACCCCCAGAAACGCAUGUGAAGGAGACUCGAGGGGCCCGUGCGGCUUUGAGGAAUGAUACGGCGAUGACUUUGCCUCUGGCAAGAGUUGACACGGAGGACGGAGUCGGAUUUUUAUCGAUACCAGGAGCAGAUCGGGAACCGGAAUUGCCUACACCACUCAAGCCGCCACCUAGAGGACACAUCGAUAAGAGCAAUCGAAACAGCGAGGGCGGUUAUUUCGGAGCGGUGGUUUGGGAUUCAAUGGGACGGCCGAGUCUUCCAAAGUCUGCUUCGUCGCGGAAAAGCAGGAGCCCGAGAGAUGAAGAAGAAGACUCUUCACGAAGUAAUGAUAGAUGA